AUGACACACAAAAUCAAGGUAACCGGAACUGUCGUUGAACUGGACGGCGAUGAAAUGACUCGUGUGAUCUGGAAAAUGAUCAAGGAUGAGCUCAUAUUUCCGUUUAUUGACGUUCCUAUUGAGUACUAUGACCUUGGCAUGAAAAAUCGCGACGAAACCGAGGAUAAGGUCACCGUCGACUCUGCACAUGCAAUUCAGAAGCACGGAGUCGGCAUAAAGUGUGCCACCAUCACUCCAGAUGAGGCUCGUGUGAAGGAAUUCAAUUUAAAGCAGAUGUGGAAGAGUCCCAACGGCACAAUUCGGAAUAUUUUAGGUGGUACAGUUUUUCGUGAGCCUAUUAUUUGCAAGAACAUUCCUCGAUUGGUCAAAACAUGGACAAAGCCCAUUGUUAUUGGCCGUCAUGCGUUUGGAGACCAAUAUCGUGCAACGGAUUUGGUUGUAAAUGAACCGGGGACAUUUGAAAUGCGCUUUGUACCUUCUGGUGGUGGUGGACCGCAGAUUUACAAGGUGUUCGAAUACAAAUCUGGUGGUGUUAUGAUGGGAAUGUAUAAUACCGACGAAAGUAUUAAAGAUUUCGCAAAGAGCUGUUUUGAGUACGCUCUUGCCAAGAAGUGGCCUUUGUAUCUUUCUACCAAAAAUACGAUUUUGAAACGUUAUGAUGGCCGGUUCAAGGAUAUUUUUGCCGAAAUGUACAAAUCCACAUAUGAACCAACAUUCAAGGCAAGCGGUAUCUGGUACGAACAUCGACUUAUUGACGAUAUGGUUGCCUAUGCCAUGAAGAGUGACGGAGGCUAUGUAUGGGCAUGCAAAAACUAUGAUGGUGAUGUUCAAUCUGACAGCGUUGCACAGGGAUUUGGUUCUCUCGGACUCAUGACGUCUGUUUUGAUGUCACCAGAUGGUCAAACUGUUGAAGCCGAGGCUGCCCAUGGCACUGUGACCCGCCACUAUCGCCAGCACCAAAAGGGUGAAGAGACGAGCACCAACCCAGUUGCUUCUAUAUUUGCCUGGACACGCGGCCUCAUUCACCGCGGAAAACUUGACAAUAAUGAGAAACUCAUUGACUUUGCGAAGUUGUUGGAGAAGGUGGUUGUUUCCACUAUCGAAGCCGGUUUUAUGACAAAGGACCUUGCAAUUUGUAUGAAGGGAGUGAAUAAUGUCCAGCGCACGGAUUAUCUUAAUACACAAGACUUUGUUCAUAAGCUUGCAGAAGAAAUGAGAAAAUCGUUUGAGACGAGCAAGAUUUAG